AUGUUUUUAUCUGAUUCUGAUUCACAUUGUGAACAUAAUAGAAGCGAUUUGUAUCCUUCAUACCAUUUCAUUAAAAAAGAUAUUCUUCCCUUCACAACACAUUCAUUCAAACAAACAACAAACUCACACUUGCUGACAACACAAGAGCAGUCUCAUGUUGUGGUGAAUAUUUCAUCUAAUUCUAGACAGAAGCAUGAACUGCACAAUUUAUAUUUAGAUGAAAAUUCGAAAACAUAA